UUUUCUGAUCCAGUCCAAAAGGCCGAGGUGAAGAUCAAACCCAGGAAAGGUCGCCCGGCUCAGAAAACUCAACCCAGUUCUCCUGCAGAACAGGAUGAUUACAAAGACAUCCUGAAAACCAGAUGGACAACAAAGGAACCCAUUCCUAGGAAUAUUUCAGGAUCGCCUCCCCUUAAGUCCCAGCCUCGUAGUUGGCUCUCCUCCUUGGAACAUGCGUCCAACUGUCAGUGUCCCUGCUGUUCUGAGCCCAGUCUGGGUCGUGCAACUGCUCGCUGGGCAGCAACGCAGGCAAAUCUGCUUCUCAGUUUGGAUCCCAACAACGCCAAAGUGGGUUUGAAACUUCAGUGGGCGACGAUAUCUCGCUGCAACAGAAUCUCUGAAAAACUGGCCUCGAAACUGGCCAAGAUUUUCUCUUCUGCUGCAAAUACAACCAGCUCAUUUAAACCCUCCUUGAUGCAGUGCAUUGUGGGCCGUGUCUACCUAGACAUGGCCCUGUGUGGUCUGGAGCCGAGGCUGAACAGCAUCUGUGGAAUAUGGAAGGUUCUGGACGCCGGCUUGGCCUUUGUUGACUCGAUGACGUCCCCUCUGUUGAGACCCGUCAGAGCAGGUCUGAUGUCAGUUAAAGCCAUUGUGUCACUGAUGAGACUGGCCUCCAAAAAAGCGUGUCACCCGGAGGAGCUGUUUUCAAAUGUGUGGACUUGGAAUCCACCAAAGGAGCUCAAAUCCGAGCAGAAACGCACGGACGCCUUCGCGCUGCUGAAGAAAUCUAAAGACCAACUCAGAAACCCAGAGGAUGUUAACAAGACGAAGGAAUUAAAAAAGACCCGGGCUGUGAAGGCCAAAACUCCAGGUCCAACAAGUUCCUCAACCAGAGGGAAAGGAGUCGUACCCAUGACUCCGGUGACGGUGAGGUCAAAGCCGUUUGCACAGGAGCCCAGUUGUUUUGACUUCAACACCGCGGUGCCGACUCUGGCGUUCACCCCAGUUCAAAAGGUCAAAGCCACUGCUUCGUCACGAAAAGCACCAAGAACGGCCUCUAAGCAACAGUUCCACGUUUAUGAGGACACCAGGUCACCGAUCCUGCCUGUACCUGCCGCCCCCCGACGAAUAAAGAAACCAAUAUUUAAGGUAGGAAUCAGGAUAUAUGCUG